AAACGAGCGCAAAAUUACGGCCGGUGGGCGGUGAGAGGGUAUCCUAAAAUCUAAAUGAUAGUAAAUACGUACAUAUUGUGUGAAAGUAAUGGUUCAUUGGAUGCAAACGAUCUUAUUGGUUAACAUUGGUUUUUGUAAUGUUUUGGACUAAAAAGGAAUUAGACUGACAGUUUUGUGAACAUACAGCAUCUGAAUUUAAAAAUGAGUUCUGAUGCAGAUCAUCAUGAGCCUGAGGCCAAGAGGGCCAAAACUGAAGAUUCCAACAAUGCAGGUGAUACUGAUAUUCACCUUGACUUGAAAGACUUCGCAAAGUUCAAGUUUGGUGAGGUUCUAAAGGAAGACCCAGUCAGAAAAACACUGGCAUUGAAAGCCACUGUGGAUGGUAGCACAGACCCUGCCGUUGUAUUCCUGGAGAAAUCUGCCUUCACUGAGGAGUGUGGCAAGAAGAUCUUGGAGUCUGAUACUACCCUGAAGCAGACAUUCCAUAAUGAUAUCUAUGGAAGCUACACUGGAUUCCCUCAGCAGGAGCUGAAUGGUGUGAAAGUUACCAUCAUUCAUCCGGCGACCAGUAAACAUAUAGCCAAGUUUAGUGCCAAGGAGUCAAUAAUUGUCAAUGAAACACCACAGCUGUACAAAGAUGUGCUUCUGGAGCAUCUCAAAGAAUCUGCAUUCAAUGUCCAGUGGGUGUACAACAUCCUGGAGCACCGCAGCGAGCAGGAACGGAUCGUCUGCGAGGACGCCGACCCAGAGACGGGCUUCGUGCUGGUGCCCGACCUCAAGUGGGACGGCGAGUCGCUCGAGUCUCUGUACCUGCAGGCGCUGGUGCACCGGCGCGGCCUGCGCUCCAUCCGCGACCUGACGGCCGACCACCUGCCGCUGCUGCGCAACAUUCGCGACAGGGGCUGUGAGGCUAUUGAGAAGAAGUACGGCGUGCCGGCGUCCGAACUGCGGGUGUACUUCCACUACCAGCCGUCCUACUACCACCUGCAUGUGCACUUCACAUCGGUCCAGUUCGAUGCGCCCGGCACGCACGUGGGAAAGGCGCACUUCCUGUCGACGGUGAUCAACAACCUGGAGUUGGUGCCGGACUACUACCAGCGCGCCACGCUGACGUACUACCUGCCGCGCAGCGACCCGCUGGCCGACAAGCUGCGACGCGCCACGGACGGAGUGUCGGCAGAGUGACCGCCGGCCGGCGCAGUAUCAGGCGGCCAGCGCUGCCUCCGCUCAGCACAGCCGUCCCCUGCGGCGCCCCAAACCGAGGGGCAGCUCCUGCUCGGUGACGUGUUUUAUACAAACGGAUACCGGCGCGGGGCCGGCCGUCCGCGUGGCUGUACGUGUGUGAACCACCCACUGCCGAUCUCGCUGUUGUUCUUGGCGGCAUCUUUCACUGGAGGACCCGGCCCUGGAGUAUCUGCCAGAGGACCACGGGCCUGGGACCCUCUCUUGCGAGCUUUAGGCGUGCUCAGCUCAUGUCAAGAUCAACCUCCCCUGGUACUGACACAGGUCGCUCAAAACUCCGUCGGUAUCGUUGCCAGGCGGUCCCAUCUUGCCAUCGUCCCCUACCGGCCUACAUGCCGCGUCUAACGCGUGCCAUCUUUUGAGGUGUCCUUUAUUUUCACGUUUCAUGCCAUUUUUUAAAGAAAGAUAUUCCGGGUGGUUUUAAAAGACGUGACGUCAUUUACAGGCAUUAUCUCUUUGAAAUACAUUUUCAUGUUUUUAUUA